AUGCAGUCAAGUUCAAGUACCGCUGGCAGGUACCUACAAAAUGGGCCAAUCUUAUUGGACCACCCGCCCUCAGGACUUCCUCGAUCUUUGUCUCCAUUCACUCCAUCUGCUAGCGUAAUUAAAACCGAACUGGAAGAAUCAGCCAAUGUGACAAUGCUACCUGUUCAUGAAAGUACUACAAACCAAAGACCACCCAAUUACAUCCCGGUAGGGUCGUUGAGCAAGUCCCAAACCUCCGAGAGCUACUACCCUUCGGAAGACCUCGCGUUUCUGGAAAAACAUCAUUGGAUUCACACAUCCCCUCACCAACAGCAUGACAACAUUCAAGUCUCCGUUCUUCCACAAGACGUGGAUCGCGCAGUUCAAAAUCUUAGUAAAAACCUCAAAUCUAAGCUUAAAUCCAAACUCAAAGGGAUUAUGGCCAAAAUCGACAAUUCGCGUGAUGCAUGGCUUGGCUGCUCCGAUGCUCGUCCCACCCAGCCUGCUAAUCUGGGAUUAGACUACGCAGAAGACGAAUCUUUGUGGUACAUUUUUAAUACUUUGCAAAAUCCCGAUCCUCUCUCGCACCAGAUGCAAGAUCCUGACGCUAAGCAGGCCAUGGAGGUCCUGCUCGACGGCUCAGCCGAUCUGGUCCAUGGUCUCAAAACCAAGCUCUUCCCCUAUCAGCGAAGAUCGGCUGCAACCAUGAUCCAGCGAGAGGCACAGCCGUCGAGGGUGCUUGAUCCUAGGUUGCAGGCAUUGCACGGCCCGACUGGAUCGGAAUUCUAUUACGACAAGAUUGAUGGCACUUUGCUCAAAGACAAGAGACUGUACGAUGAAGCUUGUGGAGAUACCUUGAUAUACAAUUUACUGACUGCGUUAAUAGGAAUCCUGGCGGAGAGUAUGGGAUGUGGCAAGACACUGAUAUCCCUCGCUAUGAUCUUGGCCACUCGCGGACAUAUGCCCAAAAUUCCUGUCGAGUAUCAGACACUGAAUCCCCCCAUCAGAGCGCAGACUGGCACCCUGAAACAGAUGGCUGCCGAUUUUAUCGGUCGUCAUUCCGUGAACUGGAAGCCCUUUUUUGAUGAACGCACCAGGGAAGGGCAGUUCCAUGAGAAUUCUAUCAAAGCAUGCGUGAAAUACACUGGUUCUUAUAUCAUACCACCCGAAAUAACUAAGAAUCCAUCCCGGAAUAGUGCAUCACCAUACACCCGGGAAUUGGCUCGGAAACUUCGACUUUGCGCUGGGACAAUCGUCAUUGUCCCACAAAACAUGGUAGAUCACUGGGAGAAGGAGAUUAACACUCACACCAGCGGACUUAAGGUUGCUGUGCUACGGCAAUCAUCGGAUCGGAUGCCAACGGUAAACGAACUGAUAGAUUUUGAUAUUGUUCUGUUUUCCAAAAGUCGGUUUGAGCAAGAACUUCCGGCGAAGAAGCACAUUCCGUUGAAACCGGGCCAAACCGCUCUCUACGAGUCGCCUCUUCUUGGUCUGCACUGGCUAAGAGUAAUUGUCGACGAGGGUCAUAAUGUUGCCAGCCAGGGAACGAGACUGACGGAAAUGCUGAAACGACUACAAUUUGAACGCCGCUGGGUUAUCUCUGGAACCCCUUCGCCUGGAUUGUACGGAUUAGAGGUCAAACUCGCUUCGCACGAAGCAGACACCAAUGAUCAAGAGCCUCCUGAGGAUAUUGCGAAUGAUGUUUUGCAGAGCCAGAAAUUGAUGCCCAAUGCCAUCAAAACGGAGAAUACAGAUCUUGAAAAAUUACGUGAUAUAGUGAUUACGUUUCUUGAUCUCAAGCCCUGGUCGAAUUCGAAUAAAGACGAUCAUGCAGACUGGAGAACUUACAUCAUGCCAAUGGACAGAAAUGGGAGACGCAAAAAAGCAGCUUCGCUGCGCGCUACUCUUCAAAGUCUCGUCGUGCGGCAUCAAAUGAAUGUGAUAGAGCAAGAGGUCCCUCUUCCCAAACUCUACAACAAAGUGACAUAUUUGGAACCCACAUUCUACGACAAGUUAUCUAUCAACAUGUUUCUUUUCACUAUUGCCGUGAACGCGAUCGCAUCUGAGCGCCAGGGCCGAGAUUACCUGUUUCAUGGUGGAAGCCGGAAGUAUCUGAACGAGUUGAUCGAGAACUUACGACAGGCUGGCUUCUGGUGGGCCGGCUCAACGCAAGCCGCCGAUUCAAUCGACACUGCUCUCAAGUAUCUGGCAGCAAACCAAGAACACAAUAUGUCUUUACCAGAUAUAGAGCGGUUGCAUCAGGGAAUUCAUAUUGCCAACACAGCACUGAAUUCCCCCAAUUGGGAUGGGUUCAAAAGCUUGGCUGAGCUGGGUGUCUUUGUUGAGGAUUUCCCGGAGGAUUUCCGCGGUCUAUGGGCUAUUGAAAAGGGUGCAUGUAAUAACCCUUUGCUAAUGGGAGUCACACAAGCUUGCCGGGCGCAGCAAUUUGUGACGAAGCAUCUCCGUUCAUCUGACCCCACCGAAGGGUUUUCGGGCGCUGGCAUCAAAGCCCGCGGUGAAAUAGCACUCAGCAAGCACCAUAGCCGUCCAGGUGCACCCGACUCGACAAAUAUACCAGCGACUCAAAACCAGCAAGUUGGCAGCGCCAAGCAUGCGAACAAAAGAUCCGCCAGAAAGACGUUCAACAAGAAAAUCUUCCGCUCGCUUCCCCCAGACUCACCACUGAAGCAAACCCGACUGGUCGGCAUAGCCUCCGCGAAGCUGCGAUACUUGCUCGACAAAGUGCUAGAGUUCAGCGAGACCGAGAAAAUAAUCAUUUUCUACGAUAAUCAAAACACAGCCGCCUGGGUCCAAGACGGGCUGGAGCUAAUCAAUGUGGAAACUCGCCUAUACGCGAGUCUGAGUGUGCAGCCGCAAGAGGAGCGGACCGAAAAUCUGAACCUAUUCCGCGAAUCCGAAGAAGUGCGCGUUCUUUUGAUGGACCUCCGUCAAGCCUCACACGGGCUCCAUAUUGCUCAAGCGUCGCGCGUGUUCAUAAUAAACCCAAUCUGGCAACCAAACAUCGAGAGCCAAGCCAUCAAACGAGCCCAUCGUAUCGGCCAGAAAAGGCCCGUGUAUGUUGAAACCCUUGUACUAAAAAAUACCCUUGAACACCGCAUGCUCGACCGACGCAAGCAAAUGUCCGAUUCGGAGUUGAAGCUUGCCGAGAAGAGCCUUGUGGCUGAUGCCACCAUGAGCGAUAUCAUCCAGAACGAGCCAUACCAGCAUAUGGAGGACGAGGCUGUGUCUGGCAUGGCGCGCCUGGACCAUCCAACUGGCUUUUUUGACCGACACAGGCUGCCAAUUCCUGAUGACGAAGAGGACCAGCCUCCCGGUCCCAUGAAGCGCAAGAAGCUGGCGGCCUUGCUGUCCCAUGCGGAUGCUUCGAGCCCUGGUUCCGCGAGGUCUUCGGCCAAGCGCCCACGAAUUGGCUUUGCGGAGCAUACCCAAGUCUUGGGAGAUGGGCCGUUGAAUACAACCCAGCAUGUGCCUGUGGCACCGAGCUCUCAGGUGCCUAUUACCAACCAGUCUCGGGUUGGAUUUGCUGAAGGCUCGCUUGCCGGAGAAUUACCAGACAGGGGAAAUGGCCCGAGGGUAGCAUCGCCGAUUUUGGUCACUUCUCCUCCUGUGGUCAAGCGAGAGUGGGAUAAUGGAGAGAGACGGAUAUCCUUGUUUGGGCCUUAUGAAUGA